AUGGGCAUUCUCAUGGGCGUUCCAAUGUCUCGGAAGAAGCGCGGUCCUGCCCCGGUCAGGGAGGUCAAAUGGGUGCCCGAUCGCGAGGUCGCGCCGCUCAGGACGCUCGACGAACUCCUCAAGUACAAGGAGGAACCCCUGCUGUGCGUCGUGGAGCCGCUGUCGGAGGCCAUCGAGCGCGGUAAGCCUGGCAAUCCGAGGACCAUUUUCUGCCACGACAUGGACGGCAACUACAAGGAGGACAGGUUCGUCUAUGGCAGCGACGACGCAAGCGCGUACCGGUUCCACCACUGGCAGAUCAUCGACACGUUCAUCUACUACUCUCACCAAAUGGUCACGAUCCCGCCUCCUGGUUGGAUCUCUGCCGCACACAGGCACGGCGUCAAGGUUCUCGGAACAUUCAUCCUCGGGAAGGAUGACAUCAAGACCAUCAACAUCGCCCGAGGCUCCGGUCUGACGUCACAGGUUGCAACACAACUGGCGAACGUUGCAAGAACCGGCAGGUUUGACGGAUGGCUAAUCAGCAUUGGGUGCAAAAUGGACCGUAGCUGCGUCCCGUUCGUGAAGAACUUGCUGAGCGCCGUCACGACCGAAACGCACAAAGCCGUACCGGGCUCGCUGGUCAUCUGGUACGACGCCUUGGACGUCAACGGAAAGACCAAGCCGCAGAACGAACUGAACGAGAAGAACGCCUGCUUCCUCGAUCUGUGCGACGGCAUCUUCCUGAACUUCCGAUGGACCGAAGAGAUGUUGACGAGCUCGGCACAACUCGCAGGCGACCGCAAGGCAGACGUCUACGUAGGGAUCGACGUGUACGCGCGCAACACUUCGUACCGCGGCGGCUACGAAAUGUACAAGGCCGUUCAGCUCGUUCGGAGGUGUGGCUUGUCGGCAGCCGUCUUUGCAGCCGGCUGGGUCUACGAGACGCAAGGGAAGAGGAACUUUGCUAAAAACCAGUACCGGCUUUGGAGCUUUCCGGACAACUGCUGCUCCGAUUGGCGUCUGACUAAGCCUCCGCUGUCAACGAGUUUUUGUCAAGGCUUCGGUACCAGGGUGUUUGAAGAUGGAAAGCUGCGCAAGCUUGGCCAUAUGUGGUUCAACCUGCACAAGCAGCAGCUGCAACCCCGAGACCAAGGCAACACGCUCUGCAGCACGUGCUGUUCGGUGAAGCUGCACGCGGAAGACGCGUACAACGGUGGCGGCUGCCUCCGCAUACUGUUCAAACCCAACCCAAACCAAUCGGACGUCAAACCUUACGUGAGGUUGUUCGGUUGCGACUUUCCGCUGGGGCCUCUCGUCGUCAGCUACACCUUCAAGAACAUCAGCUUUACAAGCUCGGUUAGCCAAGACAUUGCCAUCGUCUUGAAGGCCAGAAGCGCAGCCGGGGAGACCGAGGAGAUCUACCUGGCCAUGACGCCCGGUCUACCGGAAGGCGACAACUACGUGGUCACUAGAGAGAUUGUCACCGCGCCUGAGGAUGAUACGGAGGACAAGGGAACCCGCUGGGUCACAAGGAAAUACGAACUGGAUGACCUGAGGGGCACAGACGGCGCCAUUCUCGAUGAGAUCGGACUGCACUUCUUCUGCAUCGAGGGGGAGGCAAACGUUUGGCUCUUGGGCCAACUUGACGUCCGACGGCCAGGUGACGUCAGGCAAGCCGUUCCCGAUGAAAGAGCCUCCGGGGAAGCCUCUGUCAGUGAGGACAGCAGCAGUGAUGACGAACCGGAAAGGAAGCGGCUGCGAGACGAGCAGUACGGUCUUGACGCCGUAAUGGCCGAGUAA